AUGGCUUCAUCGUCAGCUAUCGGGAAACUCUCCCGUGAGGAGUUCCGUCGUCAGAAAGAUCUUGAGGCCGCUCGCAAAGCUGGAACAGCUCCAGCUGCUGUCGAUGCCGAAGGAAGAGCAAUUAACCCCCAUAUUCCUCAGUACAUUUCCCAAGCACCAUGGUACCUCGACACUGGCGGACCCUCUCUCGACCAUCAACGUCGUCAGCCUGAUGACCGUUCAUCCAAUAAACUCGAUGAAUGGUAUGAUCGCGGGAAGCGAGCUGGACCAGCCGCUACCAAAUUUCGCAAAGGCGCUUGUGACAACUGUGGUGCCAUGACCCACAAGACCAAGGACUGCCUCGAACGGCCACGCAAGAAGGGUGCUCGUUACACAGGGAAAGACAUGCAGCCUGAUGAGAUGAUUCAGAAUUUUGAGACGAAUUAUGAUGCCAAGCGCGACCGUUGGAACGGAUACGAUCCAGCUGAGUAUAAAAGGGUUUAUGAGGAGUACGCUGCCAUCGAAACCGCUCGUCGUAAAAUCCGAGAAGAGGAGAUAGACAACCAGACAUCCACCGAUCUUGCUGCCGCUCGUAAAGUUGCAAAGGUUGGGAAGGAAAAAAAGGACGAUGAUUUCGGCUCCAGCGAUGAAGAGGAUGCCGAUGAAGACAAAUAUGCCGAUGCGGCGGACGCCGUUGGUCAAAAGAUGGAUGCCAAGACUCGUAUCACCGUCCGGAACCUCCGUAUCCGCGAAGACACCGCGAAGUACCUCAUGAAUCUCGAUCCCGACAGUGCAUAUUAUGACCCCAAAACUCGCUCAAUGCGAGAUGCCCCUCACCCCGAGAUACAACCCGAAGAUGCUCCGUUCGCUGGCGAAAAUUUCCUCCGGCACUCCGGCGAUGCUCCCAAUAUACAAAAACUUCAACUUUUUGCCUGGCAAUCGGCAGCCCGUGGUAAUGACAUUCAUCUUCAGGCAAACCCCACGCAAGGCGAGAUCCUCCACGAUCAGUACCAAGAGAAGAAAGAGGAGCUUAAAGAAACCAAUCAGUCAAGUAUCCUGGCGAAGUAUGGAGGCGAAGAGUAUCUUGAGAAAGUCCCCAAAGAACUAUUGGGCGGACAGACGGAGGAUUAUGUGGAAUACUCUCGAACCGGACACGUUAUCAGAGGCCGAGAGCGUGCUAAGGCUCGCUCCAGAUAUGAUGAAAAUGUCUAUCCUGGGAACCAUACGUCUGUAUGGGGAUCGUGGUACGAUCUAUCAUCGGGGAAAUGGGGUUUUGCUUGUUGCCAUUCCUCCAUCUCUAACUCGUACUGUACGGGAGCAGCAGGUAUCAGGGCCGUCGACGAAUCAUCCGCUGAGCACCUCCUCCAUAAUGUUCCGUUGAAUGAUCGACCGUCAAAUACCGGCCAGCUUCUUGCCGAUCGUGAGAAGGAACCAGUUCUCGAACUCGCUGAAGUUAACAAGCAGCAGGAGAGCAGCUUCUCAAAACGGAGACUAGGUGAAGGCAACGUUCUAUUGGACCAGAGCAAGCUGGAAGCUGCAAUCAAGGAGGAGCGGCACAAACGUAGGAAGGGAGAUGAUGAGGAAGAAGAAUGGAAGAGGGAUAAGAAGCAGAAGUAUAGCUCGUUCUCUGGCAGUACAGAAGUGACAGAGGAAGGGCUGGAAGCAUAUCGUAGGUCACGAAUAGCAUCGACCGAGGAUCCGAUGGCAAAUUAUGUUGACGAAGGAGACAGAUGAUUCCCUCAUUGCUUCAGAUUCCCGAGCACGUUCUGCCUUCACUAUCAUUAAUGACUAAUCGUGAACUUGUACUGUAACAUUAUUAGACAUUGUGUUCAAGACGUACGACUUAAACACAUCUAUAUCUGCAACAAUAAUCGCAAGAUCCU